AUGGCCGACAGCAAAUCGGGCCCCAGCCUGCGACCCGUGCCGGAAACGGACGAGGCCGAGACGACCUUGUUGUCUUCUCACGUCUCGCGCCGCGAUGGCUACACGCGGAUGCCAUCGGAUGGAGCCAUCGACAUCUCCAGCUUCGAACACCGCCUCUCUCCUUCCCCGGACCAGGGCCUUGGUAUAUCGUCCUUUUCCAGCACGCCGAGGAGGCCCAUCGCGCGGGUCCCUGUCGGCUCCAAAACGAGCUCGCCCGUGUCACCGAGGUCCUACCACGGCCUCAUGAGCUCGCCCCAGGAGACGCGGCAUGAAGAACGCCAGGCAAGGACACCAGACAUGGGCGAAUCGCCCAUCUUGGACUCUCCGGUGGACUCUCCAAAGGGGACCAGGACACCGUCGCGUCUUCGCAAGUGGUUCUCCGGGACUUGGUCGAAAGCCGCGCCGCCCGCAUACGACAUGGCAGAGCAGCAGUCGCCCAACUUCAGCCGUCCCCCACCGCAGCGAGAUGAAGAGACUGCGUUGCGGCUCGGUGAUCGAGACGGUAUGGUGGAGCAUUCGUCCCAUCCAAGCCCGGCAGACGAUGACGAUGCGAACGAGGAGUGCGAUAAGCCGCUCCAUGAGAGAUACCAUGUCCGCAAAAGGCGCGUCAGCUGGCUCUCCGUAUCCAUCCUGACGCUGUCCGUGUAUUCCACGGCACUGAGCUGCUUGUGGUUCAUCAUCGCCAUCGUGCAGCCGCGCUGGGGCCGUGCCAUCUCUACGAACGGCGGCAUCGCUCCGGCCACUGCGUCGGUCGUGUGUACCCUGUUUGCCAAGACAAUCGAGAUGUCCUUCGUGACCGUAUUCAUCUCCUUCCUUGGACAAGUUCUCAGUCGUAGGGCGUUUGUGAAGAAGUCUAGAGGCAUGACCUUGGCAGAGAUGACCAUGCGGAACUGGGUCAUUCAACCCGGAUCGCUCAUCACCCACUGGGAAACCAUCCCCUAUGCCGGUGUUACGUUCCUCGGCGCCAUAUCUCUUGCGGCGACUGUCGCGGCCACCUUCUAUACCACAGCCUCGGAGGCCAUGAUCACCCCAAAGAUCAAAUUUGGUGGUUGGGAACACAAGGUCCUGCAAGGACACGUUCGGUCACAGUAUGCUAAUCCUUUGUAUGUGAAUACGGUUUGCGCGACCCCUCUGCGCGAUAACGAUCCCGCAGAGGCAGGCGGCUCGUGCCUCGACGUCCAGUAUUCUGGUCAAUCCUAUCGCAACCUACUCUCUUUCAUGCGUACCUGGGACGAAAUCUAUGCCAAUGGCACCAGCAUGGAGGACAAGCUGAGCGACAGACCAGUCGGCACCACACUCCUGUAUGAUAACACCACAAUGACUUCUGCAUGGAUUGAAUCCGAGUUUGGCGACCCAGCAGCCAGCUUUGAGGACCAUGGAAGGAUCAUCAACAACGUCACGCUCGCCAUGCCUCACCCGGGCGUCUAUGAAGCAGCCAUCAACCCGGUCAAUGCUAUUUUGCAACCAGAUGAUCUCUCUGAUGUCGGUGAAUAUACCAUACGGGCAAGUGUUGUGUCGCCCUCUGUCAACGUACUCUGCGUCAAUAUGGAGAAGAAGGAGCUUGCGCCGUUGAUCUAUACGGCGUGGCCCAAUGCCGACACCAGCCCCACGGGUGUGGGCGACCAACUCAUCGGAAGCGACAACUGGCGGGAUGACGUGCCCAAUAUGGCCAAAAAUGAGUGGCUGAACCGUACCGUGGUAGACGAGAUAUUCAAAUGGGGACCGGAGUACAAGCGUCGGCCACCAGUAUUCCAGCUCUACCCGGCCGACUUCAACAUGGUCGCCAACGCAACGCACGCGGCGCCAGCCUCAGAAUGGGACCAGCCAGCGAGAGAUGCUCUAUACCUUCUCGCCAAAUCGAGCGCUCUCGAGAGUUACACACUUUGUGAGCUGCGGUCGUGGGUCUCGCCCUGGUGCUCCACCCAUUUCAGCAUCUCGGGUAUUGCUGGCGCACACUUGAAGGCGCACUGCGAGGACAAGGAGGACCCCGACAGCUACGUGAAGUCAUAUUCGGACAUCACAUGGUCGCUGGCCAACAGGGACUGGGCGAAUGUCGCAGAUCAGUGGCGCCUCUCGAUGGAUCUCAACGGCGGGACGUACAACAACAACGCUUCCAACGCCCGCAUACUGACGCAGCUGGUACUUGGCCAACAUAAGAUCAACCCGCUGAUGCCAUCCAUCGCAGAGGCACUUGCCGUGCUGUCUUCGUCUACGCUCACCAUUGCGUCUCUCUCGACACCCUUCGUGCAUUAUUGGGAGUACCCCAAGUCCAUUCUCGCGUCACCAGGGGCGCUUCAACGUUUUAAUGCGUCAUUGCGAACUCAGGAGUAUACUUCAUCGCAUACGUUCGCAUGGCAUAACAUUUUCUACCUCGUGCUGUUCUUCGUGUUUGCCAUCAACGUCUUUUGUUUGGGGUAUCUGCUGGCACGGUCGGGGCUCGUAACGGAUUACACGGAGCCGCAGAAUCUCUUUGCACUGGCGGUCAACUCACCGCCGAGCACACAGUUAGGCGGAGACUGUGGCGGAGGGCCGGGAAGCCGAGCGCUUGUGGUGCCGUGGCGCGUGGGUUACGCACGGAGCGAGAACCACUAUUUCUUUGAGGAGGCGAACGAUCGUCCGUUCAAGGGCAAGUGGUCGCGACCCCACGCGAGGAGCAGUGAGACCCUAGAUGGUGAGACGGAAGGAGAAGUGGAAGGGCCAGGGGCGAGGAGCAGUUACAAGCGAUUGAGCACAAGUCGGAUGUGGUUGUAG